AUGCCCCGCUCGCGCCACCCUAAGGGCGGAGAGAAAGGACCGCUGCCGGGGAUGGCAUCCGCGGAGAGCGCCGAGAAGUGCGCACGCGCACUGACCCCGGCGGGCCCUAGCAACCAGAGCAGUGACAGUAGCAACCGCCGGAAUGGGGUACCAGCAAAAGCAACAACAAUCAAAGAAGCCCUAGCCAGAUGGGAAGAGAAAACUGGUCAGAGGCCAUCUGAAGCCAAAGAAAUAAAGCUUUAUGCCCAGAUUCCCCCUAUAGAGAAGAUGGAUGCAUCAUUGUCCACGCUUGGUAAUUGCGAUAGGUGCUCAAUAAGUAUGUGUUGUGUGAAUAAAUUUUUGAAUCUUUCCACUACAGAAAACUUGAGGAUAUUGUCUUUAGGAAGAAACAACAUAAAGAACUUAAAUGGACUGGAAGCAGUAGGGGACACGUUAGAAGAAUUGUGGAUCUCCUACAAUUUUAUUGAGAAAUUGAAAGGGAUUCAUGUAAUGAAGAAAUUGAAGAUUCUCUACAUGUCUAAUAACCUGGUGAGAGACUGGGCUGAAUUUGUGAAGCUGGCAGAACUGCCAUGCCUGGAAGAUCUAGUGUUUGUAGGCAAUCCCUUGGAAGAGAAACAUUCUGCUGAGAACAACUGGAUUGAAGAGGCAACUAAGAGAGUGCCCAAACUGAAAAAGCUGGAUGGUACUCCAGUAAUUAAAGAGGAUGAGGAAGAAGAAAACUAA